GCUGUUUUUUCCAGGUGAGCUGUGGCACACCAGACCUCGAGUUUUAAUGGUUUUAUGUAGUAUUUUUUAAAAGACUGAUGGAUGAAUGAAUGAAGAAGGAUUUUAACGAAGGAAGGGGACGGGAAAAAUGGAGCUGUUUGGAACAAACUGAGGUUUCUCCCUGCACUGCCCGGGCCAUGGGUGAGACAGAGCUGCUCAGCACCCCUUCCACCCUUUGGUGUCUGCUGGGGUUGUAAAGGCGCUCCCUGAACACCCCCUUCCUGUUCACCUGCUGGGAAAUGGUUGCUGCAGAGAAGAUUUAAUGAAAUUCCUGUCGCUCCCCAACCGCCGAGUGCAUCCUGAGCCCAUGGAAGGGCCUGGGGGGUCAGGAGAAAGGAGCAAGUAGGAAAACCCACAAUCCGCCAGACCUUCCCCUCCGCCCCCCUCGAAAAAAAGGAUUUACAGCUCAACCUUGCACCAGCUGUUCCUCGGCUUUAACAGACAAGAGAGAAAUAAAUAAAAUUAAACGGCCACCGUCAGCCAGCCAGCCCCAGAUCCCGGUGAAAUCAGGGAGAGUGUUUCCGUGACCCCUCCAGCGAGGGGAGGAGGAGGAGGCACGGCAGCUCCGUGAGGAAGCUGGGAUUGCUUGGAGACCACCCCCUCCUCCCGUGCAGCACCGGGGGCUGCGCACAGCAGAGGCGGAUUAAAAAGGAGAAGUGGCUGCCCAGAGGCUCCCGGAGUGGCUUUUUUGCAAGCACUUUGCUGAUCCUGUGCUCUUCUCGGGGUGCUGGCUGGGUAGGAAGCAGCCUGCCGAAGCCCGGGGAAUUCUCUCCCUGCUGAGCCUGCCUGUGGGCUGCUGCCUGGACUGAGGCUUGCAAGGGCGCUCAGCAUUCCCACUCCAACGGUUGUCCUAAAUCCAAAUCCCUUUCUCUGUUGUGAAUUUUUAAUGUUUUUAACCCUCCUUCCCUGUGCCUGGGAGCUCUCACGGGGCAGAGCUUAGAGUGGGCUCCUUUCCUGGGCCUCCUGCUCCAGAGCCUUCUCCAGACUGCGCGCCCCGGUCGGAGCUCGCCCCAGGAGCAGGCGUGGGGGCAGGGUAGGGGUCAGCCCCUGUCCCCCUCCCCUUCUCAUCCUGCUCUGAGUCCUCUGGGGCCUGGGCUAUGCUGCGGGGCGGACCCCCCACCACAGCUCCAACAUGCCAGCAGCCUCUGGAAAGAGAUUCAAACCCAGCAAGUACGUGCCGGUCUCCGCUGCUGCCAUCUUCCUAGUGGGAGCCACCACCCUCUUCUUCGCCUUCACGUGCCCAGGGCUCAGUAUCUACGUGUCCCCCAUCAUCCCCGCCUACAAUGCCGUCGUCUUCCUCUUCGUGCUGGCCAACUUCAGCAUGGCCACCUUCAUGGACCCAGGCAUAUUCCCACGAGCUGAGGAGGACGAGGACAAAGAGGACGAUUUCCGGGCGCCGCUGUACAAGACGGUGGAGAUCAAGGGCAUCCAGGUGCGCAUGAAGUGGUGCGCGACCUGCCGAGGGACGUGGGGCUGCCUCCUGCACCCAUGGAAGGAGCUGUGGUAG